GCUUCUGCCCUGAACCGCAGUCGGGACUAAAAUCGUAAGAGUGGGAGGGGAGCGAGCCAGCGGGAUUCCGAGCCGCGGAGCGCGCUGGCCUGGCUCCGCCUGAUGACUCCAGAGCUCGGGUCCAAGCGCCGCCCAGGCAGCACCCCUGAGCUCCGCGGAAGGAGAGUUAAUGAAAAAACACUUAACCGUCUCCGCUGCAGAGAGUCAUGAGCUGUCUGGAUGUUAUGUACCAAGUCUAUGGUCCUCCGCAGCCCUACUUCGCAGCCGCCUACACCCCCUACCACCAGAAACUAGCCUAUUACUCCAAAAUGCAGGAAGCCCAGGAGUGCAAUGCCAGCCCCAGCAGCAGUGGCAGUGGCAGCUCCUCGUUUUCCAGCCAAACCCCAGCCAGUAUAAAAGAGGAAGAAGGCAGCCCAGAGAAAGAGCGCCCACCAGAGGCAGAGUACAUCAACUCCCGCUGCGUCCUCUUCACUUAUUUCCAGGGGGACAUCAGCUCUGUGGUGGAUGAACAUUUCAGCAGGGCCCUGAGCCAACCCAGCAGCUACUCUCCCAGCUGUACCAGCAGCAAAGCACCAAGGAGCUCUGGGCCCUGGCGAGACUGCUCCUUCCCGAUGAGCCAGCGCAGCUUCCCCGCCUCCUUCUGGAACAGCGCGUACCAGGCGCCGAUGCCCGCGCCGCUAGGCAGCCCUCUGGCCACCGCGCACUCGGAGCUGCCCUUCGCCGCCGCCGACCCCUACUCGCCCGCCGCGCUGCAUGGCCACCUGCACCAGGGCGCCACCGAGCCCUGGCACCACGCGCACCCGCACCACGCGCACCCGCAUCACCCCUACGCCCUGGGCGGCGCCCUCGGCGCCCAGGCCGCCGCCUACCCGCGCCCCGCCGCUGUGCACGAGGUCUACGCACCGCACUUCGACCCGCGCUAUGGGCCGCUGCUGAUGCCCGCCGCCUCCGGGCGCCCGGCCCGCCUCGCACCCGCCCCGGCGCCCGCGCCAGGCAGUCCUGCCUGCGAGCUCUCGGGCAAGGGCGAGCCUGCGGGCGCCGCGUGGGCCGCGCCGGGGGGUCCUUUCUCGAGCCCCUCGGGGGACGUGGCCCAGGGUCUGGGCCUCAGCGUGGACUCAGGUUUGCAGCCUCAGGACAAAAGCAAGGAUGUGUACUGGUUUUAGACAGCCCACCUUCUUCCCUGUAGGUCUCUGCAUAGUGCAGUUGAUGCCACUCAGAGCUGAAAUGGAGUGGGUUUGUAACAGCUUCUGAUCUUGGUUUGCAGCUCGUCGUUAUUCCCUCUGUGGUGCAUCCCUCCUGAGCUGAUCUGCUGACCCAGGGUUUCCCCUUCCCCUUCCCUUCUGACCAGCCUUGGAGGCUCAGCAUCUGUGCCUCUCACUCCGUGGAUGAGGACAUGGGGGAAGGCAGAGACUUCAGACUUCUCAGUGUAUUGGGAAAACCAAAAACCACAACUGCAGAAAUUCAUCUAAAAAUAAUUCCUGCUGCUGAAAUAGCAAAUCCAAAGACUCUGAGUUACGUUUGACUUUUGGCCGAAUCACUGGAAAUAUCUGUGGUGAGAUGGCUUAGUCAGGUGAUAUGAUAUCAUAAGCUUUCUUGGAAAGGGGGGAAAGAAAAUGAGACUUUUUGGUGUGAAUAUUUUUUAUGCUGAUGUGAAUUAUUUUGUUAGGUAGUGUGACUAUAGCACUACUAAUGUCAGAUUUUAAAAUGUAUGUGUACUUGCAUCUAAGACUGUGGUAGAGAAGUAAAAAGAAGUCAAUUCCUUCUUCCUCACCUCUCAGCCUCCAGAUCCCUUCCUGUCCAUCCUCGCCCUACAACGCCCACUCCAGACGCAAAGAUACACUUUUUUCCUUUGGACUGUGAACAUGGAAGCCUCAGCCUGAAUGUGAGUGGCAAGUGGCUUAUCUGGAGCCACCUGCCCAAGUCUUACUAAAAUGCAGCUGUUGUAAGACAACUGUUUAAACUCCAGAAAUAUAUCAACCAAGGUGGCAUUUCUCAGUAUUUGGCAGAACAAUUGCAAUUGCACUGGAUAUAUUAUAUAUAUAUAUAUAUAUGUAUAUAUACAUAUAUAUAUGUAUAUAUAUCAUAUUUUUUACGAGGAACAUUUUACGAUGAAAGAAGAAACCCUUCUCUGCCUUCUCUCCCACAAAUUCUGUCCCUCUAUCCUCUGGAUGAAAAAAGCAAAGAGAGACCCGAACUGUCUCCAUGGAGAAGAACUGGGAACCACCACAAGCAGAAGAAAGUGCAUGAAGUCUCCAUUACCUCAAAUUUUUUUCUCAGUCUCUCUGAUUGUGAUUUAGUGUUGGGGCAGGGGAAAGGGUCUGUGCGUGGGCAAAGCUGAAGGUGAUAAGGAAGAAGAGACGAACAUUAAAGAUGUCUGUUCACUAUGAA